UUCAUAAUUUCUUACUGUUUCAGCGCUGAAAAGGAAUCAGAAUAAAAGCCCGGCAAUACCUAGUCAGCCGCUACACGACACAUUCGAAGUGAAUAAAAACGAAAUACUCCAACUCCUGACAAACAUUUUUACAAAUGGCAACUGUCGUUUUAAUCGUCUCAGGCAAUAUGUAGGGUGCACUGAAGAAAUCGCCGAAAAUAACAUUGAAGGUCUGAUGAUCAAUGUUUCCAGGUACCUGAUGACAGAUUACAAACCAGAAUUUGGCUUCGCUAAUUUCUUUGCAAAGGUAGUCAAGUUUAUCCAGACUGAACAAGAUAUUGAACAAGCCACGCGUAUGGAAUUAGAAAAGAAAACAAAUGUCCUUACAAGGCUAUGCUUUGACGCUGAUAUUUUAAUCAUAAACACAGACGACGAUAAUGAGUAUGCAACUAGGAUAAAAGAGGAAGCAAAAGGAUGGAAUAUAUCAGUUCAUAUAGAAUCCGAAGUUGCAAUUGGAAGGCCUAUUUUCUCAAGUAUAGGGGAUGCCUUAAACCGAUACCUGUUCGUGUUUGUCAUUGUAACUGAGAGUCUGACAGGUGAUAAAGUUCAAAGAUUCGCAAGUCAAGGGCACUUGCAUCAAUCUGUGUUAGAUAACAAGGACCGAUUUAUUCCUGUCAAAAUUAUUGGUCAAGAGCAUGUCGAUUCUGUUUUUGGAAUUUUAUUUCCAUGGACCUACGGUACUAAGAGAUCAGGGGAGAAUUUGAAUAGUCUUGUACAGAGAGCCAAUGGAAUCGUUUUCAAUUAACAAACGAGCAAUAAAUUUGUACAUGUUCGUAUUAUAAAAACCGACGUAUAUGUAUUGUGUUGGGUUACAUUGAAUUCAUGAACAUUCUGUUU